CCGGCGCGCCCCCGGCUCUCCGCUAGCGUCUGGCCGCUCUUCUCUCCAGGAGCCCGGUAGUACCGGAGAAGAUAAACCAGGAUGGUAACGUAUCGUUGGUAACGAAGCUCCGACUCCGACAAAGGCCCCAGUGAAGCCAGGACUGUGUUGCGAAUCGGCCCCGAACAGCGACAGCCAUGUCUAAUAUAAACAAUGCUCUUUGCAUCGAGAACGGACAGGGCGCAGAUGUGUCUCUCUUACAGAAGGAUAAUCUUCAGGAAAGUGGAUUAAGCCAGCUUUUGGAUUAUAAUGCCGAAAUGGAAAGGUACCGCUCUUUCGCGAACUUUUACAAAACGAACGGGGCGUUUCCGCAGACGGCCAAGAUCGCCCGCAUAACCACGCCGAUUUUCCCCAGCGCCCGAAUCGGCGUGUCCCCCUGGAACUGCGAUAACGCCAUGCUGUGGGGGAGGAAGUCGGCGGCAGUAAACCCUAAUAGGACCGGCAUGCAUAGAAAUGAGUCCCAGCGGCCCGGGAAACCUGGCGUGCCGCCAGAGACGUUGCAAAUGGCAAAUAAUAAUUUCCUCUCUCCCUUAUCCCCCGAACACUGCAGACCUUUAGCAGGAGAAUGCAUGAACAAGCUGAAAUGCGGCGGCGCCGAAGCAGAGAUAAUGAAUCUCCCGGAACGCGUCGGAACUUUUCCCGCUAUUCCGGCUUUAGGGGGCAUCUCAUUACCUCCCGGGGUCAUCGUCAUGACAGCCCUUCACUCCCCCGCAGCCUCGGCAGCCGUUACAGACAGUGCGUUUCAAAUUGCCAAUCUGGCAGACUGCCCACAGAAUAAUUCCUCGGCGUCCAGCGGCAACCCGGCCAAGAAGAAGAGGAAAAGGUGCGGGGUGUGUGCGCCCUGCAGGAGGCUCAUCAACUGCGGGGUCUGCAGCAGCUGUCGGAACCGCAAGACGGGCCAUCAGAUCUGCAAGUUCAGGAAAUGUGAGGAGCUGAAGAAAAAGCCGGGAACGUCGCUGGAGAGAACACCGGUGAACGGCGGUGAAGCCUUCAGGUGGUUCUUCUAGGGUCGCGGACCCGGCGACACCACGGCAAGCGGGCUCAGGUAAAGCCCUGGCUGGAUAC